GAUCUAAUUCCGUGCAAUUCUUGGGAUUGAAGGAAAAGACCAGGCUCCACUCUUAAUGACAGAGCAGAAAAAGCAGGCCCCACGCCGGGGACGAUCCCGUAGGCCAUGGAGGAGAGGGUGUGAGGAUCUCCCACCUCCAGGACUGCGGGUGCUGGGCAGCGCUGUGUCGCUUUCUCGCCCUCCAGCAGAGGUUUUCUUCCCCCCCUCCCCUCCUGGGGGCUAGGAGAAGGCAGGCAGCAGCUGGACUCCUUGCUACCCUCAGCCCGUGGAAGGAGGGGACGCCUUUGUCUGCUCUGGAUUUACAUUUGCCUGCACACACGAGUUGCACUGGCUUUAACUCUACUGGGAUGCAGCUAGAUGGGCCUGGAAGCAGUGAGGAAGUGUAAAUCGAUCUCCCCUUUCCAGGAGGGCACGGGCUCUGCAGACCCCCCUUGCCUGAAGCCUGCACGCCGUCGUGGAAUGCCUUGUCUUGGGAGAAGUCACUUUAAGUCCUGUUGUGUUUCAUGCACGUGUCUCCGUGUUCCCAGCUGUUGCAUGCAGGGACUUGCUCCUCUUUCUGUGCUUCCCCCCUGCUCGGGGAGUUGACUUGUGCAGCUGGAAUAGGAGAGAGGACAUGGGGGUUGAGAAGGAAAUGUUUCUUUUCUAUGGAGAAGAGUCUGGAUGAAAGGAUUUCAGGAGACAAAAGAAUUGCAAAGAAUUUGAUUUGGGAGCAAACUUCAGGCUGAGGGCAGUGCUUGUUGUGAGCUGCAGAUAAAAUUCCAUGUUCACAUGAUUGCAUGAGGCUUACAAGGAAGUGGCCUUAGCCUGAAAAAAAGGAGCUUUGAGACUGGUGGCUGCUUUGUAGGCCAGGUCUGCUGGUGGAUGUGUUUCCUUCCUUCUCCAGAUCAAAUGCUUCUGUUGUUUCUAAUGACAGGCCCGUGGUCAGCGUCCCCACGAGCCUUGAGCCCAGGCCUUGCCCAAGCUGAGUGUUGAGAUCUGAAAUGAGCAGCCUCGCCGUGCCUACAAAAGAAACACUCUCUUUCUACAAACAUUCUCUUAAUCAUUACUUCCUAUAUAAUUAACUACAAAAUGCUUGUCUUCUCUUCAAGGCAAAGGUUAUUAUGAGCAGCGAGCAGUGCUGAGUAAGGGAGAGCCAAGGAAAGACAGCUGCAUGAAGACUGAGCUGCUGAAAGACAUCACCAACAACAAAGAGGAAGGGUUUAAUGCCAUGGCUGCAGAUGAAAGCGCUACAGAAAAGCAAGUGGGGGAACCAAAAAUGGCUGUAGACGGUGAAACCAACGGUUCCUGUGAGCACAGCGAGGGUGGGGGCCACCCAAACCCAGCAAAAACCACUCAGGACAACACAAAAGUGAGCCAGCAGGACUCUAGUACUAAGUUAAAUAGGAUAGCAGAGAAUGGCAUCUCGGAGCGGGACAGCGAGCCUGGGAAGCAGAACCACCUGAAAGCAAAUGACUUCACACAGACUUCUGUCACAGGGAGCAAUGGCUACAUCCUCACCAAGCAGAUGGCACAGGAGCAGCCUCUAAGGACUACCAGCUUUGCUUCUCUCACUGGCCAUGCUGCCAAAACCCUGCCUGGAGGAGCAGGCAGGGGCAGGACUCUGGGGGCCUUUGCCCAGCUCCAGGUGCCGAGCAAGCUCGGGGAGGGCAGUAAGGACACGGAUGCCAAAAGAGCCCCUGCUGCUAAUGCUGAAGUCAAGGUGCACAGAGCACGGAAGACAAUGCCCAAACCCACCCCCAGCCUGGAGUUUCUUCCUGAAUUGGGAUCGAAGCUGAGUCUGAAACAGCAUGUAAGUAAAGACCCCAAAGAUGGGAGAGACAGCAGAGAUCAGAAGGAAUCCAAGGAGAAGGAGUUUGAGAACAUGCUGGACUUUGUGAAGCCCUUGUCCUUGCCCUCUCUCCCGGGCCUUCACCAGUCACUACCUCAGAACCAGAGCUAUGUGGCCACCACCAAGGCACAGACAGCUGCUGCAGUAUCUCGGAAGAAAAAGCGGAGAAUGGGAACCUAUAGCCUGGUUCCCAAGAAAAAGACCAAAGUGUUAAAACAGAGAACAAUGAUAGAGAUGUUUAAGAGCAUAACUCAUUCCUCUGUGGGUGCCAAGAGUGACAAGGAGCUGGGGGAUGGCAGCCCCCACGUGAACGGGGAAAGCAUUGAUGUGGACUCUGAGGAGGAGGACUCAGAUGAGUUGGAAGAGGAGGAUGAUCAUGGAGCAGAUCAGGCAGCUGUGUUCCCUGUGGAUGACAACAGGACCUCCAAGGACAGUGUGUCUGAUGCAGACAACACCAGGAAGAUCGAUGACGGUGAGUCUGAGGAAGAACAAGAGUCUGUGGAAUCUGGGGAGGAGGAGGAGGAUGGAGACGAGUCUGACUUGAGCUCAGAGUCCAGUGUCAAGAAGAAGCUGCUGAAGAGGAAAGGGAAGACAGACAGUCCAUGGCUGAAACCCACCCGCAAGAGGAGGCGGAGGAAUAAAAAGAAACAAGGCAGUGUGCUCGGUGCUGAAGCCUACAAAGCCUCUCUGGGCAGCAGGGAGGUCCCUGGCCAGGAGAACAGCAUGGAGUACAUGGAGGUGUCCCUGGAUUCCCUGGAUCUCCGGGUGAAGGGAAUCCUGUCCUCACCAGCAGGAGGUCUGCCCAAUGGCCCUGAAGCAAUGGAGGUGGAUGGUCUGCAGGAAGUGCCCCUGUGUAGCUGUCGGAUGGAAACCCCCAAAAGCAGAGAGAUCACCACCCUAGCCAACAACCAGUGCAUGGCCACAGAGAGUGUGGAUAACGAGCUGGGCCGAUGCACAAACAGUGUGGUUAAGUAUGAACUGAUGCGCCCGUCUAACAAAGUCCAGCUUUUGGUGCUGUGUGAGGACCAUAGAGGGAGGAUGGUGAAACACCAGUGUUGCCCUGGCUGUGGAUACUUUUGCACUGCAGGCACUUUCAUGGAGUGUCAGCCCGAGAGCAGCAUCUCCCACCGCUUCCACAAGAGCUGUGCCUCGCAGGUGAACGACACCAGCUACUGCCCUCACUGCGGGGAGGAGGCCUCCAAGGCCAAGGAGGUGACAAUAGCCAAGGCUGACACCACCUCCACCGUGUCCCUGAGCUACGAGAAACCGGCAGCCAUGGAGGGCAGGGCCGACACCACCACGGGGAGUGGCACUGGGACGAGGUUGUCAGAGGAAGACAAGCCAGAAAGUUCAGCUGCUGAAGGGUUUGACAUUGCUGGGUCUUCAGUUUUUCCAAAGCCUUCUACUAGCCUGACCCAGGGACCAGUGAAAGAAACUCUGGAAAGUGCCCUGAUUGCCCUGGACUCUGAAAAGCCCAAGAAGCUGCGGUUCCACCCCAAGCAGUUGUACUUCUCUGCCAGGCAAGGGGAGCUGCAGAAGGUGCUGCUGAUGUUGGUGGAUGGAAUUGACCCUAAUUUUAAAAUGGAGCAUCAGAGUAAGAGAACCCCUCUCCAUGCUGCUGCUGAGUCUGGCCACGUGGACAUCUGCCAUAUGCUCAUUCAGGCUGGUGCUAAUAUUGACACCUGCUCUGAGGACCAGAGGACCCCCCUGAUGGAAGCAGCAGAAAACAACCACCUGGAAACUGUGAAAUACCUGAUCAAGGCUGGAGCACUAGUAGAUCCCAAGGAUGCUGAAGGCUCCACGUGUCUGCACCUGGCAGCCAAGAAGGGGCACUAUGACGUGGUGCAGUACCUGCUCUCCAAUGGGAAGAUGGAUGUCAACUGCCAGGACGACGGGGGCUGGACGCCGAUGAUCUGGGCCACCGAGUACAAGCACAUCGAGCUGGUGAAGCUGCUGCUGGCCAAGGGCUCGGACAUCAACAUCCGUGACAACGAAGAAAACAUUUGUUUGCACUGGGCUGCUUUUUCUGGCUGUGUUGACAUAGCUGAGAUCCUGCUGGCAGCCAAGUGUGACCUGCACGCCGUGAACAUCCACGGGGACUCGCCGCUGCACAUCGCGGCGCGGGAGAACCGCUACGAGUGUGUGGUUCUCUUUCUUUCCCGUGGCUCGGAUGUCACUUUAAAGAACAAGGAGGGUGAGACCCCGCUCCAGUGCUCCAGCCUUAACUCUCAGGUCUGGGUGGCCCUACAGAUGAACAAGACUCUCAAAGAAUCAUCUUCUGAGAAGCCUGCCCAGAUAGACAAGGUGGUGAGCAGAGACAUUGCCCGGGGCUAUGAGAGGAUCCCCAUUCCCUGUGUCAAUUCCGUGGACAGUGAGCCCUGUCCCAGCAACUACAAAUACGUGUCACAGAACUGUGUCACCUCCCCGAUGGACAUCGACAGAAACAUCACUCAUUUACAGUAUUGUGUCUGUAUAGAUGACUGCUCCUCCAGUAACUGCAUGUGUGGCCAGCUCAGCAUGCGCUGCUGGUACGACAAGGAUGGCAGACUCCUGCCUGAGUUCAACAUGGCUGAGCCCCCCCUGAUCUUCGAGUGCAACCACGCGUGCUCGUGCUGGAGAACCUGCAGGAACCGGGUGGUGCAGAACGGCCUCAGGACUCGGUUGCAGCUUUACAGGACACAGAAGAUGGGCUGGGGAGUGCGAACGAUGCAGGACAUUCCUCUGGGAACCUUCGUGUGCGAGUACGUGGGGGAGCUGAUCUCCGACUCGGAGGCCGACGUGCGUGAGGAGGACUCCUACCUCUUCGACCUGGACAACAAGGAUGGAGAGGUGUACUGCAUCGAUGCCCGUUUCUAUGGCAACAUCAGCCGCUUCAUCAACCACCUGUGCGAGCCCAACCUGAUCCCGGUGCGGGUGUUCAUGUCCCACCAGGACCUGCGCUUCCCCAGGAUCGCCUUCUUCAGCACCAGGCACAUAGAGGCUGGGGAGGAGAUCGGCUUCGACUACGGGGACAGGUUCUGGGACAUCAAAGGCAAGCUGUUCAGCUGUCAGUGUGGUUCACCCAAGUGCAAACACUCGAGCUCGGCGCUGGCUCAGCGGCAGGCGAGCCCGAGCGCGCCGGGCGCGCAGGAGAACGGGCUGCCCGACACCAGCUCCGCCUCCGCCAGCGCCGGCCCCUUCUGACCGCGCCUGCUGCGAGGGAACGGCGAGAACAGCACGGAGCUGCGCAGAAAAUUAAAAGAUAAAAAAAAUAGAAAAGGAAGGAAAAGAAAAAAAAUUAAAAAAAAAUUAAAAAAAAAUAAAAAAUAAAAAAAAAAAAAAAGGAAGAACCCCGCUCAAGGAAAGCCCAGGGUUGUGACACUUCGGGCUGUGCCGCCGACUGUUACUCGAGGAAGGAGUGAGAGCAAAUCCCGCCCCGGCUGUUCUCCCCUCCCUGCUCUGGAGAGCUGCUGGCACACAUAGCUGUGUGUGCAGGGGUGGCUGUUGCAUUUUUGGUUUUUUUUUGGCCACCCGAGCUGGCCUGGCCUGAGUGUUGUCAGAGGCAGGGAGAGCCGCCCGUCCUGGGAUGUGCCUCGUGUCCUGGAGCCCCCCUGAACUCUGCAUCCGUGCUGGGACCUCCUUCUGCCAGGGAGCAGAGCUGCUGCUCUGGCCUUGCUGGCCACAGCCCCAGGGCAGGUUGUGCUGGUUGGUUUUUUGUUGGUUUGGUUGGUUUUUUGGUUGGUUGGUUGGUUUUUUUGUUUUUUUUUUCUUUUUUCCAUUUUGUUUUUUUAUAUAUAUAUAUAUAAAAUGAAUAAUUCCUCCCCCAUCUCGCAGGACGUUGUGGUGGGGCCCUACAAAUACCCUCAAUUCUCUCCAAACCUUUUUUUUUUCUCAUCUGAUGAGAAGAAUCCCAGAAUCUUUCCAAUCCCUGUGACCCCUGGCUCUCUCCCUCCUGGAUUUCCUCCGUUCAAACCAGCUCUGCUCCUGUCUCAGUGUUGGGUUCCUCCGUGAAGGAAUUCCCCUCACCCCUCCCCUUGAGUGCUUUUAGAGAGAGAAGGCUGAAGAGGAUUUUACAAGACACUAAUUCCUGAAGAAAACCAGUUUUACCCCCCCUUUUUUAAAAAGAUAAAGUGAAUGAAAUAUAUAUUAUAAAGGACCUGGGCUGGCUGGGGUGGACAGAUGUGACACGGUGACAAGAUCCCAGAUGCCACCAGCUCGUCUGUUCCCAUCCCUCUGCUCCAUGCUGGGCACCUUGGAUUGAUUUUUAAGCCACAUGCUAUGAGGUUUCAAUGAACUGAUUUAUUUUUUACCAUUAUUGAAACAUCGGGGACAAGCAUUAAAAACAUGGAGAUAAAAAAGAAAAAAAAAAGGCUUAAAAAAAAAAAAACCACAAAAAACAACAAAACCCACAAAAAAACCAAAAAAACCAAAACGACAAGAAAAAGAAACCACAAAACAAAACGGUGCUGAUUCUGGUGUGAUUUUUGCUCACCACGUGAAUAUAAACUUAUCAAUUGUAUAAAAAGAACAAAGUGAUUUUAGUAUAAAAAUGCAGGAAAAAAAAACAAAACUUUUUUUAAAUUGUUAGUAUUGUAGUGUGAAUAAAUUUGCCAUCACCUUUUGUGUGGUGGCUGGGCAGGUCAUUAUCUUAAUUUUUUUUUUUUUUUUGCAUAUAUCUUUAAAUACUGUAAUUAGUGCAGUAACAAGUUUUUUUUUUUUUUUUUGGUCAUCUCUUCUAGAACAUUCAUAAUGCCAUCAUGUUUAUUAUUAUUAUUUUUUUUUCUGUUAAUGUUUUUGACAGUUUUAAAGGAGCAGCCUUUUGGCUCUGAUCAUUUUCUUGUUCUGUUUUCAAUGAAAUCAAUAAAAA